GUAUUCCAAACUUUUCAACACCUUGAAAUCAUCGAAUCGCGCUCCUAAUUAUCAUCGUUAUUAUCAUCGAAAUUAUCAUCAUGCUAAAGAGCUUAAGAGCGAAGGCCAUCAUCGUCAGGAGCAGCAGCAGCAAAAGGAUUGUGUCAGCAGCGUAAUGUCGCCGCGCCGCUGGAUUUUAUUGCUCAUCUUUUACAUAGCGUAUUUGAUGUUCGGCGCCAGCAUCUACUAUCACAUAGAGCAUGGCCUCGAGAAGCAAAAUCGUGCAACAGAGCUGCGUGAACGUAUUGAAAUGAAUGAAUACCUCGUUGGUGAGCUAGACGGCAAGAAUGAAAGCACGAUCAAUGAGAUACUUGAAAAUAUAUCGGAUUAUUGUGGCAAACAAGUUACCAACUUAACAGCGGAUGAAUUUGAACCACCCUAUACAUGGACAUUUUAUCAUGCGCUGUUCUUUGCCUUUACUGUCUGUUCGACAGUGGGUUAUGGCAAUAUUUAUCCUACCACAUUUGCGGGCCGCUUAAUAAUGAUAUUUUACUCAAUCAUCGGUAUACCGGUGAAUGGAAUACUCUUUGCGGGGCUGGGUGAUUACUUUGGCAGAACGUUCGAAAUGAUUUACCGUCGCUAUAAGAGUUAUAAAAUGUCACGCGAUAAACAUUAUGUGCCACCGCAGUUGGGCUUAGUCACCGCCAUACUUAUUGCCCUAAUACCAGGCAUUGCUAUUUUCAUACUCCUGCCAGCGCUUGUGUUUACAUACUUCGAGGAAUGGUCCUAUUCCAUUUCGAUUUAUUUUGCCUAUGUAACUACAACAACCAUUGGUUUUGGUGAUUAUGUGCCGACUUUUGGUGCAGAUCAGCCUAGCAAAUUCGGCGGCUGGUUUGUGGUCUAUGAGAUAUUUGUCAUAUUCUGGUUUAUAUUCGCCUUAGGCUAUUUGGUUAUGAUUAUGGGCUUUAUAACGAGAGGUUUACAAAGUAAGAAGCUAAGACGUUUAGAACAACAACUCUCCACAAAUAUAAAAACAACACAAAAUCGUAUUUGGACGGGAGUUACGAAAGACGUGGGACACUUGCGAAGGAUUUUGAAUGAGCUGUAUAUAAUGAGAGUGAAGCCUGUUUACACCGAACCGGAUACAAGUCAGCAGCUGUAUCGCUCCAACUCCGCCCCAGAGCUAACCAUGUAUCGCGCCGAACCGCCACCGGAGUUCCCACGCAAGCGGGCAUUCUCCGAGAGCUACGAUGUGGUCGAGGCACGCGGCAUGCUCGAACCUGUGCACGCUUCUUCUGAUACAGAGCUGGACAAGUUAGACAAACAGAAGUCCUUCCAAGACGCCGACGCGUUCCUGCAGACCUCGGAACUAUUAGCCAAGGUGGUCAAUGCGCUGGGCGCCGUACGCGUACCACCGCAGGAGGAAGACGAUGCCAGCAUUUUUGGUGGUUACCAUGGAUUCUCUGAUUCGCAAAUACUCGCCAGUGAGUGGUCUUAUCCGAGCGCUAACGACAUUCCUAAACCACGCGGACGUGCAAACUCUGACUACAACUUCGAGCCGCCAUGGCGUCAACGUCGCCCCACUGCACUGCCCAAUGAAUGGACCUGGAGCGGCGACAAUGACCGCAUACAAGAGGCCAUCAACAGCCGCUACAAGCAAGGUGACAGCGAGGAUUUGUAUCGCUCCAGUUUUGGUCUACCGCCACGCGAUUACGUUGUGAACAUGGAAGAGGAGGAGCCACAGAAGUCGCGCGUCAAAAAGUUCUCUAUGCCAGAUGGCCUGCGCAAGUUGUUCCCCUCGAAGAAACGCUCCUCGCAGGAGCGCAUAACGGCGCAAGAUCCUAGCACGGAUAUAUCAAUGCCAAAUGGCUCGCGCCGCUUUUCGAUUAGAAGCGUACCAGAGUCGGCACGUCGUACACCACCGCUGGAUUACUACAGCACGGUGGCGGCGGAUACGCAACCACCCUACUACGCCAAUGGCAAGCCUGUGCUGCCUGCACUACCAGUCAGUUAUCCUUCGGAUAGCAGUCUAACCGCAAAACAACCAGCCGGCGCGCUGAAUGGUGGUGGUGGGCGCAAGCGGCGUGAAUCCAUAUUCACGCAAAACCCGGCUUCGGGCGCACGCCGUGGCAGUCUGUUCCCCACCUCGAAUGCCGCCGGACUCACCCAACGCCGCAGCAGCUUCUUUAGCACCGCUGGACCACAGUCGCGGCGCGGCAGUCUGUUCCCGGCCAAUGGCGGACGCGGCGCCGGUGGCAACGAUCGCCGCCCCAGCCUUUUCUCGGUCGCCUCAGAAGAGGAGCGUGAAGUGUUGGAGAAUACGACAAUUGCUGAUUUGAUACGCGCGCUAGAGGCAAUGCAUACAGCGACCGUGUUGGAGGAAACCGCCGAUAGUCCACCCGUUAUAACAGCAAACGACAUGGGUGGCAUCUUCGGCAGUGAGAAUAAGAAACGCAAAGUGGGCAACGCUGGCCUCGAUCUGCCUGACGUGCCACCACUGUUCUCCCUAUUGGGUGGCGACAACAAGCGCGCCAUGAACGCGGCUGCCGCAAACCGUAUGUACGCGCGUCGUUCCACUGUCGUCGGAGCGCUGCCCAUCUCCUCAUUCAACAACACACCCUCGGGCUCGACCACCGGCCUCGCACAGUCCUCGGGUCCAACCAGCGUUCUCACGCGCCGCCGCAAGUCAUCAGCUGUACAACAAAUUCCCGAGCCACCACCCAGCUACAGUGAGCGCGACACCAAUGCGCCACCAAAUGGUGGCAACGCCUCAACGCCAAGUAACAAGUUCAAGCGCCGCUUCAGCGUGCGUCCAACCGCGUUGCAAAUACCGCCCGGCAAAGCGCCGCCACCAGGCGCGAAUGUGAAUAGCGCGCUACCACAACAAACUAUACCGACCGCACCCGCGCUGUCGCCAGCUUCUUCUCAAAGUGUACUGCAACGUCGUCUAUCGCUGCGUCCCUCGCCGCUGGCACGCGAACUCAAUAUAUCAACAACACCAUCGUCGACCAGCAGUUCAGGCGAUCCGAGUCCAACCAGCCCGACGGGCAGUGCUGGCACAGUGUCGAGCACUACGCGCCUGCUGUCCAGCAGCACCUCAGCGACCGCAUCACCGGUUGUCCCCACCGGCGCUGCGGCGCGCCCGCCCACAACGGGUAGCACACACUCGCCGCUCUCACGAAUUGUGCAGAUUACGCAGGCGCAGCGGAAGAGCAGCAAGCCUGAAGGAUUUCCGCUAGAGCGCACAUCAAAGCCAGAUGAAUCCUAGUGAUGCGGGACGAAGCGUUGAAGCUUUGUAUUUAAUUUAAAGGACUAGGAUAAGUUGAAAAGUGCCUAUUUAUGUACAUACGAUGAUAACUCCUUGGUUGUGCGCUUGUCAGCCGCACUGUCUGAGGAGUGCAACCUCGAACGGUAUGCCAUAGGAUUGCCACAGUUUCUGUUUGAGUCAACUGACAUUAUUAGUGUUAUUUAUGUCCUCAGCUAUAUUUUAUACAUAAACUUGAACUUUUCAAUCUAAUUUAUUGGAAAUUAUUAGCCCGUAUGUAGUCACUGAGGGGGUCUAGUGAACCAAGUGUGCUAUACUUUAAACGAAAAAUGAACUUUUGAAGCAUUCCAACCUAGUAUAAUUAAAAAUUAUUAGCACUUAGGUGGUCACCGAAGGGUUCAUAGGACCAAGUGCGCUGAUUUUAAGCAUUUUAAUCUAGUCUAGUAUAAAUUAUUAACCCUUAAGUGUCUACCCAAAGGCACAUUGUUGCAGGUGCCUUAAAUUUUAAACAGAAAAAUUCUUUAUAUUUUGGAACAUUCCGUCUUAAAUUAGUAAAAAUAAUAAAAACUUAGUUCGUAGCUAAUUGCUAUAUUAGACCAAGUGUACCACAUUUUAAAUGAAAAAAGACCUUGUUAAAGCAUUCUAGCCUUAAAAAUUAUUAACGCUUAGGUGACCACUUAGGGGCCUAAGGGCGCAAGCUCUACCAAAGUGCUACUACCCGAAAUUGCCAAAAAAUAAUUAUUGUGAUAAGUUUAGUAUUAACAUAAAGCAAUAAAUAAUAAAUUUUAAA